GCAGUCGACUUUCUGCCUUCGGUCAAAAUGUUGUUAGCCAAAAUGCUGCGGCGGAAAUAACAUAUUUCUAAAUUAUUACUUUAUAAAAAACGCGUUGUGAUACCUAAUUUAAAAUUAAAGAGCAGUUAAUAAAAAAUACAUGUUUAUAGUGAUCGCCAAAUUUACAUGUUUUUAAAACGAUUGUAAAUGAAAAGGGUCAAAACUGAAUGGCGGCAUCUCUGGUUGUUUUAUACGCACUUAUGUGUAUCGCAUUCUCUACAGCAUCGUUAACGGAAAUUCCUGAAGAGACUCCCAUGUUGGAGGAUUUUUCACUUUCUUAUUUUGACGCAACCUGCUCGAGUCCUCCGAGGAUUAGAAACGGUAAGACGUCCAUGGAACUUCGCCGAAGUGGUGAACAUGUCUUUUCUGUGACCUAUUAUUCCUGCAAGGACAAUUACAGCCUCAAAAAUCCCGAAAAAAAUAAACUCUAUUGCGUGAUUGGGAGCUGGUUUGGUCAUAAGCCCAGAUGCAUAAGGGAUCGUAAAGGACCCCGGAAAAACGGAAACAAAAGCAAAAAAAAAAACUGUAGGAAUAAUAAUGGCGGUUGCGCUCAUCUAUGUAACAAACAUACUCAUAGUUGCGAAUGCUAUGAAGGCUAUACCCUGAAUACCGAUUUGAAAAGCUGCACAGAUAUCGACGAGUGCAAGGUAUCGAAUGGCGGUUGCUCUCAGGUUUGCAACAACUAUCCUGGUGAAUUCGUAUGCACUUGUAUAGAUGGUUUUCAAAUAGACGAGUAUAAUCAACGAACUUGCCUGGACAUUGACGAGUGCGCCGAUCCCGAGCUGUCUUGGGACUGCACCGCUGGAUGUGAGAACCUAAAUGGAACAUACAAAUGCCUGCCGUCGUUGGUGGGCAGAGUGGAACCCACCGAUGGCUCUGGUUUCUCCACCGGAGAAAUAGUUUGCAAGUCCGGAUUCAAGCUGUCUGCCGAUGGCAGUGAGUGUCAGGACAUUAACGAAUGCGAUUUGCAGGAUACAGAUCCAGAUACUGGCCGAGUGACUCACCGUUAUUGUGAGCACAAGUGUGAGAAUACAAUAGGUUCCUAUAUCUGCCAUUGCCCGCAAGGAUAUCAUCUACUUGAGGAUCGCCAGCGAUGUAUGUGGGAUGGCGCAAAAUUACCAUCAACAAAAACUCCGCCGACCGUUAAGGAAUGCCUUCCCGGAUUGGAACUAUCUGCCAAUGGCAGCACAUGCCAGGAUAUCGAUGAGUGUGAGAAGAACCUACACCAUUGCAGUCACAUUUGCAGCAAUAAAUGGGGUGGCUACUUGUGCUCGUGUCCCCGAGGAUGGAAGCUUAUCAACAACACUACCUGCCAGGAAACUCCAAGAGUAACCCAACCUUCAUACGAUAUAUGCCCUGUAUUCAAGGAGCCAACCAACGGAAAGGCUUCUUGCCACAAGUAUCUCGAAAAUGGCUUCCAUCACACUCGUUGCAAUAUCAGCUGCAACGCGGGUUAUGUGUUGCAAGGUUCACAGUUCGCCAGUUGUGGACACACCGGACUUUGGUCUAGUCCAGAGACCAAGUGUGUGGCCUCGAUUGCAUCAAGUUGUCCAGUUUUGGAAACACCCAGCCAUGGACGUUUCUAUCCGAAGAGCUGCAAUAAACGCCCAUCCAAAUCACAUGCGAUUUGCGAGCUGUCUUGUGAUCAUGGCUAUAAGCCCUCCACAGACGUGCAGUUUAUUUGUGUGGCUCCUUGGGGCUGGAUCCAAAGACAGUGGCAAGCCGAUGGGUCCCGAUAUGUAUUUUCACAAUCCGUCAAACAUGCCGAACUCUGUGUGAAGGAUGUAAAUCUGCAUUAAACCAUUUUUGAAAGUUCAUUAUUAUAGUUUCUACUUACAAUAAACUUAACAUUAACUGCUGGAACUCA